AUGGCCGAUGUAUCAAUAAGUUCGGGUUCUAUAGUGAGUUCCAUUUCAAGAGGGUCUACAUUAAGUUCAACACAUACAAACACAACUCCAGUUCAAGUUAAAGAAUCCCAAAAUGUCAAUUUAACAAGCAUACAAUGUGAAUAUACUCCUAUAGACAUAACGCAAACAAUUGCACAAUUUGAACUCGAUGAUUCAUUACCUUUUAGAUUAUCCAAACAUGUUAUUAAAAAAAUUUCAACGGAAUUUGUUGAUAAAUAUUCAGCUAUGGAGAUUCAAAAACUUGCAGAUUUAUUAGUUGCUUUAGUUUAUAUUAAAUCAUUCAAACAAAUCUGGUCGUCUAUGAAUAUUGAAUCUCCAAAUGAAGAAGAAACCAUAUUACAGGGUAUAUCAGAAUUAAAUAUUGCUGUACCUGAACGAGUUGAUGUAUUAUUAUCAGGAUUAGGGAAUAUUCAAACAGAAUAUGGUACUAUGAAACUUUUGUGGCCAAUAACAACUGCAAAAACUUGUUUAGUGAAUGCUUUAAAGUAUGGAUCUUCAUAUUUUGGUGAGAAAGUCUUUUCAAGAUUCUUCCCACCUUUUGAAAAUGGAUAUACAAAUAAACUAAUUUGGUGUGAUGAUGAAGGAUUUGAUAAAUUUUAUCAUUAUUGUUUGCGAUAUUUAGCUAAAUUUGGUCCUAUUCAAAAUAAAUCGGUUCAAGAUUUAGAAAAUUCAAUUCCACAGUGGUUUCUCGAUGAAAAUCCAGAUUAUUUAGUAGUAUUUCUGGCACAUUUAAUAACUAAAGCAGAAUGGAUUGAGAAAUUGCAAACUUAUGAUUUAAAUGAUGAUGUUAUUAAAUCAUUGGAUAUAUUAGGAUUACAAUUUUGUACUGUUCAAUCAACAACAUUGAAAUCUUUAUGUACUAGAUUACAAUUAUCUUAUGAUAAAUUUGAAUCAAUUAAAUUUGAUAAUAUCUUUAGAAUGAGAAGAACUAGAGGAACAGGUAAAGGAUGUUUGGGUCAACUUUGUCAAAGUACUGGUAAGAAAUCUUAUUCUAGUGCAUUCCCAUUCACCGAUUCAAAUAGAACCUAUGGAUAUAUGCUACGACCAAGUGUUUUCUACGAAGUAACUAAUAAAGAUCGAGCAUUAAUGUUAUUCUCCAAGAUGGUUGAUUAG